AUAUUUAUUUUCAUGCAGAGUGUUGAGAAGUGUUCACCACCGAGCCAAACGACGCCGAACGAGUUAUUUGAAGUGUGGUGAAAGAACACUGUCAGGAUGCCGCGACCAGGGAGGAACACGUACAGCGAACAGAAACCUCCCUAUUCCUACAUCUCCCUCACCGCCAUGGCGAUCCAGUCCUGCCCGGAGAAGAUGCUCCCUCUCAGCGAGAUCUACAAGUUCAUCAUGGACAGGUUCCCUUACUACAGAGAGAACACCCAGCGGUGGCAGAACUCCUUACGACACAACCUGUCCUUCAACGACUGUUUCAUCAAGAUCCCGCGGCGUCCGGACCAGCCCGGGAAGGGAAGCUUCUGGGCUCUGCACCCCAGCUGCGGGGACAUGUUCGAGAACGGGAGRUUCUUGCGUCGCCGUAAACGGUUCAAGGUGAUGAUGAUGAUGGCGGCGCAGGAGCACCUGGCUCAGUCCAAGCAGUCUGACGCAGCCCAUUAUCUCAGGCUCAGUGCCCUGGCUGCCACCGGCACACACCUCCCUCAGAUGUCCAGCUAUAACUUGGGAGUGUCACAGCCAUCAACUUUUAAACACCCAUUUGCUAUAGAAAACAUCAUCGCCAGAGAGUACAAGGUUCCCGGGAGUCUGGCGUUCUCCACCAUGCAGUCCAUGUCUGCAAGCUACCCGCUGCACAACCAGCUGACUGCGGCCUGGCCUCACAUGUACAACACUAUGGUGGACUCUCUGACUGCGGCCUGGCCUCACAUGUACAACACUAUGGUGGACUCUGUUUCUCCUAUCUCUAUGCGCGGUGACUAUGGGGCCUUCGGCAUGCCCCUUAAAUCAAUGUGUCACGGAGGACAGACCCUACCGGCCAUCCCAGUGCCCAUCAAACCCACCCCGACCCGGGUGGCUCUCCCGGGGGUGCUAACGCCCCACAUCCCCGCCUUCCUCUCCAACUCUUACCAGUCUCAGAGCCCCACGUCCCCGCAGGCAGCCACCAGCAAAAUCAGCCCCUCCACUCCCGAGGAGACUCACACCAACCCCACGGUGCAGUCCGUGGUGGUGCAUUGACCUACAGAGCUAUACUGAACCCUUUAUGAAUGAGACCAACAGGCUCAGACCAAAUCCUUAGUUUAUUUUGACUCUUGCUGCUGACAUGUUGUGCCGAGAAUCACUACGAUCAAGACAAUAUAGUCCCGUGUAGCAGUGUAGAGCCGGUGUAUUUGGUUUGAAUGCUCAUUGCCCUAUAACAUGGCUCCAACAGAGAUAUAGUGAAAUAUUGCUCUUCAGCCUAUGAAGUAUCUGUGUUUACAGUUUUGUCCGAGUUGUAAAGGAGUGAGGCACUGCAAACAGAGGCUCAGUCAGAAUAAUGAGAGAGAGAGUUACUUUUCCUAAAAAACAUUAUUCCAUUUGUAUCUGGGCUUCCAAUGCUUUAAUGGCACCUGACAAACUAUGGUUACAUUGGGUAGGUCAUGUCACUUUUUUUACUACAUUAUUGCAGUUAUUAUCAAGGUCCUCGAAGUUAGUCAUAGUGAUUAGAACUGAACAAGCCCUCUGAACUACAACCUGACUCGUUAGACAAUGACAUAUCUGAUGACAACAAACACUGGAUUAUAAUGUCAAUGUGUGUCAAGCAGAUGAACCUCUGAAUGGAUCUAUUGUUUUUAACAAAUUGUUAUUUUUGAUACUGGAUUGGUGGUUUCUGUGGGAAUAACAAAGAUGUAUUGGAUUUGUUUUAACCAUCUCUGUAAAAAAACAGACAGAAUUAUUACACUUUUUUAAAUCUUAGAAAAUAGUAAUGUUAAGGGAACUAUAGGGUUAUAGGGUCCUUGCUAAAUGCAAAAUAAAUAUGCGAAUAAAUGUGAAUAAUUGCAAAUAAGUUGAUAUGACAACGUUGUAAAAUGCACUUUUAAUAAYCUGUUCUGUGAAGCGUUUAAUUGAACGCCCUGGUGACUCGUGGAUUAAAUGCUGUAAAUGUUGAUUUUUUUCUGUUAAAGGGACAGACAGCAUGCUCAACCCUAAACUAUGUGUUUUUCUGACAGCAUGCUGCUUUCUAGACAUUUGCAUAUAAUCUGCAUUGAAUUAAAAACAUGGUCAUCGAAAUAUUUUGUCAUUAAAAUGGUGUGAACUUUA